AUGUGGAAGAUUUCUAUAAAUUUCAUUCUUUUGCACUGGCUAGCGGUCUUCUACCCUUAUGGCAAUGUGAGCGCUAUUGACUCGUACUUUUUCGGAGUCAGCUCGUCCACAGAGUCUGGAUUGAAUCCGUACGCCAACCUUGGCUUGUACAUUUGGGUGGUUGACCUGAAGGACCUCAAAACCUACCAACAGCUCUUCUUGUACUUCAUCCCAAUCGUGUCGAAUCUGGGCUUCAUCAAUAUCCUCAUUGUCGUUAUCCGAUUACACUGGUUUGAGAAGCGGUUGAAGGAGAUAGCCCCCUCUGUUCUUCGUCAACGUCCGGAAGUUUCCGCAAUAAAAACCACGCAAUUCGACCAAGAGGCUCAGUCAGUUAGUAACGCGGAGCCAACAAAGCCAGCUGGCAAUCAAGGCGUACAAGAGAACAAGGCUUCAGAGAAAGUGCGCGAGACAAGCAUCCAGGCCGGGGCUUCAACUAAGGGUAGCUUGGAAGAGAGUCAGCCUGCAGUAAGUUUCAGCUACACCUCGAAAGCUUUGUAUAUUCCUCCGCCUAGGGAUCGCGACAGAGGCUGUCCCAUCAUCGAAAUCGAUCACACUCCUAACAAAGAUGAUUCGGCCAACGACACAGACAUUGCCGUAGGCGAUGUGAGAGCCCGUCGAAGAUUGAGCGACGCAUCUAUCCAUCAGGUUGGUGUCCUCACAUUCGCCCAAACUUCCAGGAAACAUCGAGAUACAGGGACUGCGGUGUCACUCUCCAAAGACAUGAGCCUUCCGGGUCUGUCAUCACAGGCUACUUUGGGAAGGAACUCACAGUUCUUGAAUUUGACGACGAGAGAUCGCGAACAUCUGGGUGGUGUUGAGUACCGCAGUCUCCGUCUAUUGCUGAAGAUCGCGAUAGGAUACUUCUUGGGCAUUCAUUUGAUUGGUGCUGUGUGUCUAGCUGCCUGGAUUCAGAAUGCGGAUAUGAAAUAUCGAAACUAUCUUGAUGAGUGCGCAUUGAAUCCUGUUUGGUGGGCCUUCUACUCGGCACAAACAAUGUCGAAUAACUUAGGGCUUACCUUGACGCCAGACUCAAUGGUAUCAUUUCAGGAAGCGACAUUUCCACUGUUCGUCAUGAGCUUCCUUGCAUACGCCGGGAACACUUUGUACCCGUGCUUUCUGCGACUUGUGAUCUGGACCAUGUUCAAGCUUGUUCCUGGGGAGUCAUCUCUCAGAGAACCUCUCAACUUUCUCCUGAAGUACCCGCGUCGUUGCUACGUGCUGCUUUUCCGCAGCCGGCCAACCUGGGCCUUAGCUGGAAUCAUUUUCAUCCUGAACUUCGUCGACAUUCUUCUAAUUCUCCUGUUGGACUUGGAUAACCCUGCUGUGAACAGCGUCCCUGCUGGACCACGAGUUAUAGCGGCCAUCUUUCAGGCAGCAUCGGCUCGGCAUACUGGGACUGCCUCGUUCAGUCUAGCGGACGUGAACCCAGCAGUUCAGUUUAGUCUGCUUGUUAUGAUGUAUAUUGCGGUUUACCCUAUCGCGAUUACCGUUCGAGCUUCAAAUACAUACGAGGAGAAAUCUCUCGGAAUUUAUUCCCCAGAGCCAGAGACGGACGAGAACGGCAAGGGGUAUAUCUUGACCCAUAUGCGAAACCAGCUGAGCUUCGACCUAUGGUACAUUUUCCUAGGCAUUUUUUGCAUUUGCGUCGCGGAAUCCAAAAGGAUUAUGAACCCUGCAGAGCCGGGGUUUUCCGUGUUUGCCAUCUUCUUCGAAGCCGUCUCUGCAUAUGGCAAUGUCGGGCUUAGUCUAGGAUACGCCGGCGUUUCUACGUCCUUUUCCGCACAAUUCUCGACCUUCAGCAAACUCGUGGUCUGUGCGUUGAUGAUUCGAGGACGCCAUCGAGGAAUGCCUAGUCAGCUGGACCGUGCAGUGCUCCUUCCAAGCGAUCGCCUGGUGGAGGAUGACUCUGUAACAAUGUACAGUUCAAAGGGUCUUUGGUUGGAGCCCCGGUCGUUGAAAGUUCGCCGGUACCAUACCCGAUGA